AUGUCAAACUUCGUAGCCCCAGAAGUCAAAACGUUUACGGCUUGGGACUAUGCUGUUUUUGCGGCACUCUUUUUAGUGUGUGCUAGCAUUGGAGUCUUUUUCGCUGUCAAAGAGAGGAAGAAGAAAACUUCAAAGGAAUUUUUGGUGGGUGGUAGGCAGAUGACAUGUGGACCAAUAGCUUUCUCUCUGACAUCAAGCUUCAUGUCAGCAGUAACAGUCCUGGGGACACCCUCUGAAGUCUAUCGCUAUGGGGCAUCCUUUGUGCUGUUCUUCCUUUCCUACGCGCUUGUCAUCAUUUUCACUGCCGAACUUUUUCUACCUGUGUUUUACAGAUCUGGCAUUACAAGCACUUAUGAGUAUUUGGAGUUAAGAUUUAACAAGAUUGUUCGCCUUGCUGCAACAUUGAUCUAUGUCCUGCAGACGGUCCUUUACACAGGAAUAGUGGUUUAUGCUCCAUCCCUGGCUCUUAACCAAGUCACUGGAUUUGAUCUCUGGGGCUCUGUAGUUGCAACAGGAUUUGUCUGCACUUUCUAUUGCACACUGGGAGGACUAAAAGCUGUUGUCUGGACAGAUGCAUUUCAAAUGAUUGUCAUGGUGGCUGGCUUUGUGACUGUUUUGAUUCGAGGAACUACGCUGAGUGGUGGAUCAGCUAAGGUCUGGGAAACUGCCUAUGAAGGAUCACGACUGAACAUAUUUGACUUUGACAUUGAUCCUUUGAGGCGACAUACCUUCUGGACAAUUGUUAUUGGGGGAACAUUUACAUGGCUUGGCAUCUAUGGAGUUAAUCAGUCCACAAUACAGAGAUGCAUUUCUUGCAAAUCAGAAAGGCAUGCUAAGAUGGCACUUUACCUGAAUUUACUGGGACUUUGGACAGUCCUGGGGUGUGCAGUAUUUUGUGGUUUGGUGAUGUACUCUCAUUACAGGAGUUGUGACCCUUGGACUGCUGCUUUCAUUUCAGCACCUGAUCAGCUCAUGCCCUACUUUGUUAUGGAUAUUUUUUCUUCGAUGCCAGGAGUCCCAGGACUGUUUGUUGCCUGUGCGUUCAGCGGGACACUAAGCACAGUAGCUGCCAGCAUCAAUGCUUUAGCAACUGUUACCUUUGAAGACCUGGUCAAGAAAGGUUUCCCAAACCUCUCUGAGAGGAUGAGCACCUGGAUCAGCAAAGGCUUAUGUAUACUAUAUGGAGUCCUGUGCACUUCAAUGGCUGCAGCAGCAUCUCUGCUGGGAGGAGUUGUGCAGGCUUCCCUCUCUAUCCAUGGGAUGUGUGGGGGGCCCAUGCUGGGAUUAUUUACCUUGGGCAUUGUGUUUCCUUGGGCUAACUGGAAGGGUGCCGUUGGAGGCCUCUUAGCUGGAAUCACCUUAGCAUUUUGGACUGGCACUGGAUCAUUCAUUUACCCUGCACCCCCAACAAAGUCCAUUCCCUUAGAGCUGUCGACUCUCAACUGCACACUGGCUAACAGCACCGAGGUGCUGACCACGGUGGCUACCACGGCAGCUCCAGACAGGCCUUUGCUGGCAGACACCUGGUACUCCCUGUCCUACCUGUACUUCAGUGCCAUUGGCUGCCUAGGCUGUGCCAUCACAGGGUUGUUGAUAAGCUUUAUAACAGGACCUAGUAAAGGUGAAGAUAUCCCACCAGGGUUAAUUAAGCCAGUCUGCAACCUGUUCUGCUUUUGGUCAGAAAGCCUCAAGACCUCCCUGUGGUGCGGCGUGCGACACGACAGGCAGGAGGUUGACUUUGAAAAAAAUCUGCCUAAUGUUAUUGCAAAUAAAACUGGAAGAGAUGACACCCUCAAAAAUAUCAACAGAGACCACAAAUGCCAGUUCCCUGGUUACAAUCCUGAGGAAAAAUCCUAUACUAAUAUGACCAGAGAAUCUCACCUCUAG